AUGCAACAUCAUACAUGGAUGAGAGUGGAGGUGCAAACUAAAGCACUCAUCUCACCACUCUUGGGUUUAUAGUUACAGCAUAUUAGCAUGGCUUGUAGAUUUCCUCUCCUUUGCAUUGUGCAUGUGUCACUCUCCUUUCUCACUGUCCAUGUUCUCUGUAUCUGUCUGUGUCAGUUGAUGCGGCGAAGCUGUAGGCAGGUGACCCUCUUGGUCGCCACGUCGCGUUACAGAAGCUCUAUCCCUGUGGCUCUGCCCUCACUACAAGCCAGGCUCCUCCUCUUCCUGAGCCAGCAUUUCCAUGACAUAGAGACUCUCCUCAACUGGAGCUCCUGGUUCAAAAACCGAGGUCUACGACAGAAGAAUUUGUAUGUGUAACAGGAAAACACACAGAUUAUUCUAGCUACAUGCAUUUCUAUCAGCACGCCACGGUCUAAGAUUGUGUAUGUAAUCAUCCGGUCCCAAAUCGUUCCCUAUCUCUCCUCCCCGGCCCUUACCCUUCAAUGUACUGUAAGGCGUUGGUAAGCAAAAUGGUGGACGCUCCAACGCUGAUUAUGCUAUCCAGACCCUUUAGAUCUGCAUGCAAUGAAGGGUUAGGGCUAAGGCGAAUGAUGUGUAGGGAGCGAAUUGGAACCGGCUGUCCCAACUCCAUAAACAUUGCUCUCAGCCCAACCCCUGUCUCUUUCCCCUCACAGUUUCUAUGGUUACACCCAGCAGAACUAUGGGGACAACAUUGCAGCUGCUUAUUACAUCCUCAGCCUGAAGGGAGGAUUCAGGUAACUGUUACGCCAUUUUGGGCUGCCCAUAACUGCCUGCUUAUGCAUGCCCCCUUUUUGACCUGUUGAUUAAUAUUGAUGUGCUUUCAGUGUUUUUUUGUCAUGCAUUUGGAUGUUUUUUUUUUUGUAUUUGCUGAUCACUUGUUGUUAGUGAUGACUAGUCUGUUGACCCUCCAGGUUUGCAGGGCAGUCAGAGUGGUUCCGAUCAGACAGAAGAGGGAAGUUAAACUGGGACUUCAUGAACCACCGGGACACCUCCAUAGAGGAAGUGGAUGUCAGCAACACACUCAUUAACUACACAGGCCUGGAAAACCUGGGUACAUACCACUUUAUUCAUGUCUGGGGGGUGGGGAUUUGUAUUUAUUUCACAAUGCAGGAUCAAUAAGCAAGUUACCCUUCCUAAAUAUUCAUGGAUAACUUUUGGUUCAUAUGAAUUUUUAUGUAUGUACUAUUUGCCAGUGGUUUUCAACCUGUUUUGCCGCAGGUUAUUAUUAAUUACUUUUUUUCAACAAUAAAUAACAGUCGGGAGUGUGGUCCUCUGUAGCUCAAUUGGUAGAGCAUGGCGCUUGUAACGCCAGGGUAGUGGGUUCGAUCCCUGGGACCACCCAUAUGUAAAAAUGUAUGAACGCAUGACUGUAAGUCGCUUUGGAUAAAAGCUUCUGCUAAAUGGCAUAUUAUAUUAUAUUAUAUUAAUGGUAUUAUACUCAAUUUUACAUUACUUUUCACAAUGCAAAUUGUUUCAAAAAAUAAUAAUAGGCCUUUAAUCUGUUAAUCUGUUACUGGCAUAGAGUACAUACAUAAAAAUACAUAUGAACCAAAAUGCUAAGUUAUCCAUGUCUAGUAUUCUCUCUGGUGUGCAAUCUGGUUUCCGCUCAGGUUAUGGAUGUGUCACUGCAACCUUAAAGGUCCUAAAAGAUGUCAUUUCAUCAUUUCAUCUCUUCAUUCAAAGACUCAAUCAUGAACACUCUUACUGACAGUUGUGGCUGCUUCGUGUGAUGUAUUGUUGUCUCUACCUUCUUGCCCUUUGUGCUGUCGUCUGUGCCCAAUAAUGUUUGUACCAUGUCUUGUGCUGCUACCAUGUUGUGCUGCUGCCAUGUUGUGUUGCUACCAUGUUGUUUUCAUGUUGGGUUGCUACCUUGCUGUGUUGUCGUGUUUGCUGCCAUGCUAUGUUGUCGUCUUAGGUCUCUCUUUACGUAGUCUUGUGUUGUCUCUCUUGUGAUGUGUGUUUGGUCCUAUAUUUAUAUUAAUUGUUUUUAUCCCAGCCCACGUCCCCGCAGGAGGCCUUUUGCCUUUUGGUAGGCCGUCAUUGUAUAUAAGAAUUUGUUCUUAACUGACUUGCCUAGUUAAAUAAAGGUUAAAUAAAAUAAAAAUACAAUAAAUUACUCUAUAUUUGACCGCCGGGAUUUUAUGUCAAAAAGUUAUGCGACUGUGGAUGGUGGUCUUGGAGCUUUCGGCAGUGAUUUGGUGGUCCCCGGAACGGAAAAGGUGGUGAACCACUGCUCUAUGCUGUAAAAUGUAACUCCUUUUUCUCUCUCUCUCAGUGGAACAGCGUGGGCUGCGUACUCUCUCUGUGAGUGGCUGCGCUGAGGUGGAUGACUGGUUCCUGUCCCGCCUCCAUAUCUUCCAGGACACCCUGGAGGAGCUGGACAUUUCCAACUGUCCCCAAAUCUCUGUGGGGGGCCUGGCUGCACUGCAGAAGCUGAGGUACACUCACCCACACUGAUGGGAAUGACCAAGACAGAGGCUUUUAAGCAAUUAGUAUUUUCUCGGUUCCUCACAUCCUAUCUCCUUGCUUCGUCCUUCAAAUGUAUUGGAGGAAAAAAAUGCUAUGUCCCUCCCAUGUGUUUUGAGAAGGUGAGGAGAGAGGACACAAGGAAUCGAGGGAAGAUUCAUUGAGAAAGAGACAGAAUCACUCAAAUGUCCAUGCAUCUCCUCAUGGCACUUGCCUUAGAUAUUUUUGCAUAUGUAAAUAUAGGAGUCAAUGGACUCUGUAACUUCACUAAUAGAUACAAACAUUCCUUCUCUUCCUCUUGUGUAUCAGGGGUCUGCGACGGCUGGACGUGUCCUCCCUCCCCAGGCUCCAGAACCCUGGGCUGGUCGCCAUCCUGCUGGAGGAGAUGCUUCCUCACUGCCGUGUUACCGCUGUCGGGUACGACCACAGCCUGACCUACAGCCCCACACAGACAGACGCCCAGACACGGAUAGACGCCCAGACACAGAUAAAGGCCCAGGCUGAGGCUGGACCUCAAAGACUGACUAGAGAAGUGGAGAGACACAAUCAAAGUCGGGCAUGGUGACAAAUGCACAUACAAGCAGUCCACUCUUAUUCGCCCUCGUUCUGUCUCUUUAACCAACACUCACACAGAAAAACGGGCAGGGAGGGAUGCCCAUUUAGUUUGUGAUGUAGAGCCUCACUGAUGAUUUAUAACUUUUUAUCAGAGAAGUGUUUUACUUACUUGUAGAGCAUCAUUGUCCUCCUUAAGCUAUCAAAAUUAUCUGUCCAAAAAUAUUUGCUUCAGAAAAUGUAUAUCAGAUGAUGGUACGGAUUAUUAUUAUGCAUUGUAUUGGUGAUGCAAUAAAAUAUUUAUUUGUAAA